CCGGAGGUACUGCCACCGGCCGGGGCCAUGGCCGCGGCCCCCGGGGAGCGGCUGCGGGAGGAGGCGCGGUGCUCCGUGUGCCUGGACUUCCUGCAGGACCCCAUCAGCGUGGACUGCGGCCACAGCUUCUGCCUGCGGUGCAUCUCGGAGUUCUGCGAGAAGUCGGACAGCGCCCAGGGCGGCGUCUACGCCUGCCCCCAGUGCCGGAGUCCCUUCAGGCCUGCCAGCUUCAGGCCCAACCGGCAGCUGGCCAGCCUGGUGGACAGCGUGCGGCAGCUGGGGCUGGGCGCGGGGCACGCGGGGACGCGCCAGUGCCCGAGGCACGGCGAGGACCUGAACCGCUUCUGUGAGGAAGACCAGGCGGUGCUGUGCUGGGUCUGCGACACCGGCCCGGAGCACCGCAGCCACCGCACCGAGCCACUGCAGGAGGCCGCCAGCCGCUACCAGAGGAUGCUCCAAGCGGCUUUGGAACUUGUGAGAAAGGAAAUGGAGGAGGCCCUGACGCAGGAGGCCAACGUGGGGAAGAAGACGGUCAUCUGGAAGGAGAAGGUGGAGAUUCAGAGACAGCGCUUCAGGCUGGAGUUUGAGAAGCACAGGGGUUUUCUGGCCCAGGAGGAGCAGCUGCAGCUGAGGCGGCUGGAGGAGGAGGAGCGAGCAACCCUGCAGAGGCUGCGGGACAGUAAGAACAGGUUGAUGCAGCACAGCAAGGCCCUGAAGGAGCUGGCUCAGGAGCUGGAGGAGAGGAGCCAGCGGCCGGCCCUGGGGCUGCUGGAGGGAGUGAGAGGAGUCUUGACCCGAAGCGAAACUAUCACACGGCUGGAACCGGAGGCUGUCCCCAUGGAGCUGAAGACUGUGUGCUGCAUCCCCGGGAUGAGGGAGAUGCUGAGGAAAUUCCAAGUGGACGUGAAGCUGGAUCCGGCCACUGCCCACCCCAGCCUGCUCCUGACGGCCGACCUGCGCAGCGUGCAGGAUGCGGAGGUCUGGAGGGACGUCCCCAGCAACCCCGAGCGCUUUGACACGUGGCCCUGCAUCCUGGGCCUGCAGGGCUUCUCCUCCGGGAGGCACUACUGGGAAGUCAUCGUGGGGGAGAGAGCAGAGUGGGGGCUAGGCGUCUGCCAAGACUCGGUGCUGCGAAAGGGGGAGACCACGCCGUCGCCGGAGAACGGCGUCUGGGCCAUGUGGCUGCUGAGGGGGUGCGAGUACAUGGUCCUGUCCUCUCCCUCGGUGCCCGUGCUCCAAGAUGAGAGACCUCGCCGCAUCGGCAUCUUUCUGGACUACGAAGCCGGCGAAAUCUCCUUUUACAACGUCACCAACGGGUCUUACAUCUACACGUUCAGACAUCUCUUCUCCGGCAUUCUCCGGCCCUACUUCUUUGUCUGUGACACAACCCCGCUCAUCCUGCCACCCAUGACGGAAGCGAGGCCUGGAAACUGGACUCCCAGGAGUCUCUUUGAUCUCACUGCGGCUGUUAGAAGCGAGGAAUUCUAAAACCACUCCUGCGCUUCACCAGGAGCCUGGAUGGGCCGGGGCAUGGCUGUACCCCGCUUCAGCCAAGCACAGCAACGCCCACUCUGCAGGCCUGCACAGUUGGGACUGAGCGGAUCCAGGCUGGUUCACACGCUGUGCAACUAUGUGGAAUGCGACUGAAGAGGCAACAAACAGGCUUAUCAAACCAGCUUUCCUUGGAGCGUUUCCGCAGUAAUAAGCUAGGAUGAAACGAGGCUGACCUUUCAUCCUCAGCGCGCCGUAUGAAGAGAUUUGGGAGUACUAACUAUUCAUUUCCGUUUGUUUUGUUUUUGAGGUGCAGUCUCCCUUGGUAGCCAAGGUUAUCCCCAAACUUUUGCCUCAGUGUCCUGCCUGCAGAUGUGUGCCACAAAGCUUGGCAUAGAAACCAGGUUGCUUCAAAAUAACCUUACAUUAGUCUAGUGAGAUCCAUAAUUCGGAAUCUUUUCUUCUUAAUUUUCCUUUACUUCGUUCUCUCUCAUUAUUUUGCCUCACGUCUCUUCUUUUCCUACACCUACGUUCAAUUACCUUCUGUCCUGUUGUUUUUAUUUUAUUUUAUUUUAUUGUGUGUUUCCGUAUGUGAAGGCUACAUCAGUGCAAGUGCCAGCAGAGGCCAAGAGACAUUGUCAGCCCCCUGGAGCUGGGAUGCAAGCAGCUGUGAGCUGCCCAACGUGAGUGCUGGGAGCGGAACCCCAGUCCUCUGGAGCAGCAAGCAAUUUUAAUCACUGAGCCCUCUCUCAAGCCCCCGUCCCCUUUAUGUUUUAACCAGUUCUCAAUGAUUUCCAAAGUCUUGACUCUAAAUCCAGUAUCAUCCAAUCUUAGAUCCCUUUGUCUGCGGAUUCAUUGUUUAGAUAUUUUUAUUUAAAUAUUAAGUGUUUUUAUAGUAUUUAUUUCCCUUGUGUGUAUGAGCCCCAUGUGUGCUUAUGCACUGCAUGUGCCACCAAGAAGGUCAGCAGAGGAUACCAGAUCCCCUUGAACUAGAGUUAUGAACAGUGAGUGGUUGGCUACCAUGUGGCUGCUGGGAAUCAAACCCUGAUCCUCUGUAAGAGCAGCAAGCGCUCUUCACUAUUGAGCAAUCUCUCUAGCCUCUGGCUUAGUUUUUAUAAGGAAGCCUGUGCUCUGGCAUUGGUGGUGGUGCAUGCCUCAUCCUAGCAUCAAGGAGACAGAGGCAGCUGUGGGCUCUCCAGCAAGAUCCUACCUCAAAAAAAAAAAAAAAAAAAAAAAAAAAGUCAGAGGGUAUAGGUUAGUUGUAAAGCAUUUGGCUAUCUUAUUCACUGUCCUGAAUUUAAUCCUCAACAUAUAAACAGGCAAGAAUGUCUCCGAAUUUUAGACUUUCUUUCAGGGUUUAAUGGAUAAGUAGCUGAUUGAAAGAUUACUUUCCAUUCCAGCUCCAUUCACUCACAGUGGUAAAUCUGGGAAGGAAAAUUAUUCUUGCUUUCUGCCUCUCCACAGGACACCAGUGUUAAGACCUCAAUCAAAUAUUAUUCUUCCUCACCCAGGCGCAGCUUCCGGAUGUGGGUUCUAUGCAGGAUACAACAUUUGAGGCCACCAUUGAUGGGUGGCCAGAACUUUGCUCUUAUUUAAAUACUAUGUAAAGAUGAUGAAACGAUAAUGAUAUUUAAAUGAUUUUUAAAGUAAAAUAUUCCGUGUCUUUCUAACAUAACCUUUAGAGGUCAUCGACGGCUCACUUCCCUGUCACGCCCGUCUGUAUCUAUGUGUGGGAAACAGGUGUUAAAUAGAUGUUAAAAUGUCAAGUUCUGAAAUGCCAACCCUACAGAAAUUAUUGACAAAUUUUGUUAUCCUCAUCUUGAUAGUCUACCAAAAACUUCCUCUUCGACUCUACUUUGAAAUUCAAGAUGUUUUUUUUUUUUCUUCUUUUCCAUGGAUAUUUUUACGGCUGAAAUGGUUACUUCUAAUCCUGUUAUCGACACAGCUUUCUUUCUGGAUUUAUUUUUUGAUUGGUCAUAUGCAGAUACGUCUUUGCUCUAUCUCUCAUUUAUGAGAUGACAGGUCUUUACACGACCCUGUGGACAGUUCACAGACUGUACAAGCCAUCUCUGUGCAUGAUCUUGGGUGGGACAAAGGAUCUUCAGCCCAUUGUAGAGCUCCCUUCCCAAUGGACCAAUGACUGGCCUGAGGUGACAUCUCCCAUGGCAUCUCCAGCCACUCACAGAGACAGGGAAACCGUCGUUCUGGGAGGGAGACCAAAGAUACACCUGAGUCCCAGGACCACCCUUCCUGCUAUGGAGACUCUCCUUCCUAGCUACAGGAUGUCCCUGAGUGCUGUGAUGUCACAGCGCCUCCUAGCAAGAUGUCAGGCACCAACCCAACGUGAGCCAUUAAAGACUCUCUAUUCUGGAUACCUGCCCCACUCCCCUUUUCUUCAAACAAUACCUUUGUAUAUGUAACUGUUGACUUGAACUCCUUAGGCAUUUAAAACCCAGCCUAAAACGUAGCUCCAGGCCCUACCAUGGUAAAUAUUUCCCUCUAAUUAAAAACAGAAGAAAAAAGUUUCUGUAUCUAGUGCAUGGCAGCACCUUUCCUUCACUUGCUUAGACCAAGCAGCAUCUUUGCUGUGUUCUUGAUCCCACUGUCCACUUCUAGUUCCAGACUCCAGCCAGUCUUGAUCUCAAGCUGCUGCAAUGCCAGCCGGCACUCCACCCCUACUGCACUCAUUUCUCUAUGGAAUCCCAGCCGGCCCCGCCCCACCCCACCCACAUUCAUCUUCAACACACCCUCUCAAGCCCCAGACAGUGGAACCACUGCACUGACCCUCAGUAGGCUUAGACUCUAGUGUAACCUUCACCCUUCAGGCUGAGCUCUCGGGCCCUCAAACACCUGAGCCCAAGCCCUCCUCCAAUUCUGUCUUCCUCCUUCACCUCCAUUUGCAUUCUGCUCCUGCUACCUUGCCUACAUGGUAGAUCUGCAUCAAACCUAGUACUUUUCAGCCUUAGGGCUUCUCCCCAGCUGUGAUUUCUGUUUGCAAUUCUUUUUUUUCCCCAGUAUGUCUUUACCUGUUUCCUUCUCUCUGACAGUCCCUCUCAAAGGCUUCUCACUGAAGACCUCCUCUCUCCAUACCCCAGACAUCUUUCCAGUCUCCUUCACCAGGCUUAGGAAGGCUUUCUUACCCUACAUAGUAUCUAUCAGUACGUAUCAGUUCCCAGGACAACAUACUGAACUCUUAUUUAUGAAGUUUUAUUUAAUUACUAGUUUAUUCUUGUGUGGUGUGGUCUAUGCAUCAUGAAGGGGAACAGGAUAUUUAUUUACAACAAUAUAUUCCUAAUCACAUCCCAGGAUCUCAAACACUGGUUGGGUGCGGUUAUGGCUGAAUAAUGCUUAUUUGUUGAAUGAGUAAAUGAUUAACUACCGGGAAAGAGAAUCAAAUGAUGCAACUAGAAAUGUUUUGCAAAAUACAAUAUAGAGAUACUAACAGUAUCUAACAGUUACUAAAAGUAUACUAACAGAUACUAACAGUAUCUCUAUAUUGGUAACUAGACAGCCAUCAUCCAGUAAAGGUUAAUGCCAGGUGCUAAAUGUGUCAAGUCUAUUUUAGGUACAGGACAAAUCUAAGG